CCGAGGUAGUUCAGACUUGAAAAAAAAAAAAAAAAAUUUUGAAGUCAGAGAAUGGCGAGAUUGAAGGUGCUAUCAGCCCUUGACACGGCGAAGACACAGUACUAUCACUUCAAGGCCAUAAUCAUUGCAGGGAUGGGGCUAUUCACCGAUGCAUAUGAUCUCUUCUCAAUCACUCUCAUCAUGAAGAUGAUAGGAAGGACAUACUACAGCGACCGCGACGGCGGCAACCAAAACCAGACCCCACCCGUCGUCGUCUCCGCCUUGGUGGCCGUCGCACUAUUAGGAACGGCCAUCGGUCAACUGGUCUUCGGUAGGCUCGGCGAUCUCAAGGGGCGGCGCCACGUGUACGGAUUCGCCUUGUUGUUGAUGGUGAUGAGCACCUUAGCUUCUGGCUUCUCUAUUUGCAUUAGAAGAACCUGCGUUCUCCUCUCUCUUGGCUUCUUCAGGUUCUUUCUAGGGUUGGGGAUUGGUGGAGACUACCCUCUCUCAUCUACCAUCAUGUCUGAGUUUGCAAACAAAAGGACGCGAGGGUCUUUCAUAGCGGCGGUGUUUUCCAUGCAAGGAUUCGGGAUAUUGGCCAGCGCCACCGUUACCAUGGUGGUGUGCUCCAUAUUCCACGGCGAAAAUGGCAUUGACUUUGCAUGGAGGUUGAUACUGAUGAUAGGUUCAGUUCCGGCAGGCCUGACGUAUUAUUGGCGUAUGAUGAUGCCCGAAACUGCCAGGUAUACAGCGUUAGUUGAACAAAAUGUGUUGCAAGCAGCAAAAGACAUGGAGAAAGUUCUUGAUGUAUCAAUAAGCCAGAUUGCUGAAGAAAAUCCUGAAGAAAAUGCGUUUGUAUCAAAAACGCAUGCGUACUCUCUUUUUUCCAGGGAAUUCUUACGUCGACAUGGUCGUGAUCUUUUUGCUUGUUCCUGUAAUUGGUUUCUAUUGGAUAUUGUGUUCUAUAGCAACGUUUUAUUCCAGAGUCAAAUAUACGACCGCUUCCUUGGAAGCAACGAAGAUAGUACGGUAAAGGGACAGAUAAAUAGUGCGGAUUUGUAUCAUGAGAUUUUCCGUAUGGCAAGGAUCCAAGCCAUUAUUGCUGUAUGUUCCACCAUUCCUGGCUACUUCUUCUCUAUGUACUUCAUUGACCGUGUAGGAAGAGUCAAAAUCCAAAUGAUGGGCUUUUUCUUCAUGGCAUUGAUUCUUUGGGCCAUUGGGAUUCCCUAUUACUCAUAUUGGACCACCGAUAAACACAAACAUAAUAAAGGUUUUGUGGUACUCUAUAGCCUUGCUUUCUUCUUUGCCAAUUUUGGACCCAACACCACCACUUUCAUAGUCCCAGCUGAACUAUUCCCAGCCAGGUUUAGAUCAACAUGUCAUGGCAUUUCUGGGGCUUUUGGCAAGGUUGGUGCAAUCAUUGGAACCGUUGGAUUUCUAUGGGCUUCACAUAAAGACGAGGAGGACGGAUAUCCCAAGGCAAUUGGAAUGCGAACCUCACUUAUCAUACUUGGAGGUGUGUGCAUAGUUGGAAUGUUUGUCACCUACUUUUUCACUAGGGAAACCAUGGGAAUGUCUUUGGAAGAUAAUGAGGUCGAGCCUGAAGAGGUUAACGGUCUAUGAUUUAAGUCCAUCGAGGACCUGUUUGGUAUUACCUGUAUAAAAAAAAAAUGUUAGUAAGAAUAAUAAUUCAAUAAUGAAUUUUAUAUAUGGAGAUUUGUAUAUAAAGUUUAUUCUUCAAAUUUUCACAAUUAGAGACUUGAACCACACUAUUCGUGUUUAGGAAUGUAUAUAAUUUCAUAUUUAAUGUGAA